GCCGUCACACACCUCAAGGUGUGCACAAGGCUAGGAUGAUCGGGUUGGGCGAAUCUGGUAUCCGGCUUUUCGGCAAUCUAUGAGCUCCGAGCCGGACGUCGGAAAUCUUGGCGCGCCAUACACCUCCCUCGUCCAGGCAGCGCCAACCUGAGCGGCGGUCUUGUCUUGAGCCACAGCUAUCGACAUAGUACCGAUCCGACAUGCCAGAAGAGAACUGGGCCGCGCAUGGCGGCGUGCAAGCGUGUGAUCUGUGCCACACCAGGAAGGUCAAGUGUGAUCGUAAAGACCCUUGUUCUAACUGCACACUGUCGAAGAAUCAAUGCCUUCGCAACCGGCAUAAGCGAGCUCCUCGCCCCAAAGUGCGUACUGAUGACAAGAUCCAAGCCCUUGUCCAAAGAUUGUCAAGUCUUGAGGAUACCGUUCGUGUGACACAAGACACACCAAGACCAUCUCUAGCUGUUCCCGAGGGACUAUCACCAGAACAGCACGCAUCUUCCGACCGACCUCUGAAGCGCAAGCGUACAAGCAGUGCUGUCAAUACUGGGGCCCCUGCGGCAACACCAGAGGUUGAUACAGCUCAGCAGCCCACGAACGAAGCACGUAGCCUGAUUCAGAAGGAGUUGUCUACGAACAGCCGCUUCUCCAUGCAUCAACGCUCAGUACUUGAGACAGCAAUCUCGUUCGUUGACCAUUUGUCGAACGCACCAGUUCCGACCAUGAAAGACCGUAGCACCUUCGAUCAGUCAAUGUAUGAGCCGACCGGACUUACCCAGGGCGAAAUCUUGCACGUAAUCUUGGGAACCGAGACCAAGAGCAUGGCUCCAACAAUGAUUUACUUUCACAGCCUUGAUCACCUUCCGCCAAAAGCAGUAGAAAGAAUCGCACUUGCCUUGAUGGAAGGUACGGCAGAUGAGAAAACCGAGAAUCUCUACAAAGUCAUCAUCCACUUCAAAUUCGCCGUAGUACUGUAUGCCAGUCAACUACAAGGGCCUAAGAGUCCAGCAGUGCAGAAGCAUAUUCGACAACUGGAAUACAACCACCUCAGUGCGGCACUUACGGCUCUAGAUCACAUCAGUUUCUUAACUACUCCUUCAUUACUGUUAGUUCAGGUCUUGAUCACAGGCGCUAUGAUGAUGCAAAUUGUUGGAAACCCUGCGAGCUGCUGGGAACUCACGGCUCAUGCUUCACGAACGCUAGUCGCACUUGGCUAUCAUACAGUCGCAAAUAUCGAGGCCAAAGAUGAGUACGAGGAAGAGAUUCAAGCAGCUAUCGCCUGGUGCUCCCACUUCGAUAGCUGUAUGAGCUUGUUGCUGCUACGGCCUAGGUCCUUGCCGCCCAUGAACAUCAAGAUCUCAUCUUUGAUAAAAGCAAAUCCGCUCAAUCCGAUGAGUAUCUUUGAGAUCAUCGCCAUGGAAAUGAUUCCAGUUCAUGACAAGAUCUUGGAGCUGACACUUGAUCCUGCAUCUAAGAAACCCGGGGCGCCACUCAAAGAAGAAGUUGCUAAGCUACGGCAGCAAAUGGCAGAUAUCUAUACUUUGAUGCAACGGAAUUGUCCAACACAUCUUCUAGAGUCUGUCAUGGACAUACUGCUGCAUUGGAAGUCCCUUGAGUUCAAAUACUUUUCGACUCUGACAUCUGUCCACCGUCUUAGUCCGACGGUUACAACUGAUCCCUCAGAGCGAGAGGAGUGUCUUCAGAGCGCGCGUAAAGCGCUUGAGUGCGUCAAAGUCAUCGACGCCACAUCCAAAAGCCUUGGUCACUUUAUCGAAGGCUACGAUCCCUACCUAGCGUGGACGAUGCUAUCAUAUCCUCUUUGCCCAUUCUUUGUGGUGUUUUGUAACGUAGUCGGCACCUCCAACGAAUGCGAUUUCCAGCUUCUACAAACCGUGACGGACGGUAUUUCGUCCUUGAUCACAGAGAACAAGUACGUCAAUCGCUUGCACAGACUGUGUGCUACCCUUCUGAGUCUUUGCACACCGCUUGUCAAGACUUCUGGGCAGCAAGAUCGAAACAAUACGAGCGCAGCGGUUCCAGGGUUCUCAGCGCAGACCUCGGCGCAUGCAUCUUCGCUGUCAAGUAUGCGUAAUACCCCCGAUAUACUGAACGUCGCGCCAAAUCCCGAUACCGUCAGUACCAAUGACUCUCUACUCUCAACCUGGAACGACGACAUGAUGUGGCAGUUGUUCCAGUCCCAGCCUUCGCUCGAUUGGUUUAACGCAGACAUUCUGGAUCCAACAUGGGACUUCAACGUACCGAAGUGAACACUGGAAGAUGGCUGUUGCAACACUUUGCGACAGAUCUCAGCUCCCAAACCUAUAACCGGAAGCAAGCCAACUGUAGUGUGCGAGUGAAAAGGAGAUACCAAGUUUGAGAUCUGGACAAUGCUCGCUGGGGUCACAGAAGGCAUUAUCCGGAGCAACUUAUAAAAUGAUCAGACGAGUUCUCGCAGUAGUGACACUCUUUAUCUCGGCGACCGAUGCACGGUCGCAGCGACCAAUCAAUGUGUAGUGUGGCAAAGCUUUCUGUGAAUGGGUACGGGCAUAUCGUCCUGACUCAAAAGAUCGAGAGAUCAAUGUAGAUGCUGCGCGAUACGAUCGCAGUCUGGGACUGCUCUGCUAUCAUCAUG